AUGGCGUGGCCAACACGCAACCACAACUCAACUAUCUCGGAGGCCGCGUUUCAAUGGCCCGAUGCCGAAUUGGAGAAUUGGAGAACCGAACGUCUCAAACAGCCCGAGACUCUUUUCAUGUCCCCGUCGCCUGAUCCAUCCACCACUGCAAGAACACCUACUACUCGACCUCUUUCAUACAACUAUCAGUUCCAGCUCCCCUCCACACAAUUCCCCUCCACGCCGGUUGCAAUUGGGGCAAUGCUGUCCCCCACUCCUUCGUCGUCAUACCUAGACCCAAGCACCAUUAAGCGGUCCAUCAACAAUCACAGCCCAAGAUCCGUUCCAAUCCAAGCAACCCACACCGUCCCCUCCCCAGCAAGCCUCUACGACGCUAGAUGUCCCAGUCCCUGGGAUGAUCUCCCAGUCUCGACUCCCAUAAUAAAAGAGACAGUUCAGCUGAAUGAGGCGAACAAUGGACAUAGCCAGGGCAAAAUGCCAUGUCGUUCUCGUCAACGUGGAGGCAAAAGAAAGUGCGUAUUUUCUUCUUUUCCUCUUAAGAAAAUGUAA